AUGAAAAGCUAUACUCCGAUUACUGAGGCCACGACGUACAGCUACACAUCGUUGUGCGAUGCGCAAUUCUCUCGCUUGUCCGAUGCCGAACGGUACAAGUAUGCGGUGUCUUGCGAUUGUAAGGCUUGGUCCGAGUCGGAGUUGAUCAUGGACUGUGAGUUCGUGGCGUCCGACCCCAGGGCUGGCAACGUAACGAUGUCUGCACACGAGUUGGCGUCGCUGAGAAUACCCUCUGAAACUUGUAAGGGCAUAUACGAUAACAAGAAGAACGCUUCAAUGGUGGGCGCCACGGCGGAUGCCUGGAAGACGUUGGACUGGUCCAGCUGUAUCUGGGGGGGUAAGGUGGUUUGCGUUGACGAGCGCGGCGAGGACCUGAGUUGUCAUUACUUCUACCAUCCGUUCAAGUACGAUCUCGCGAGAGUCUGGGAGGCGGUCGUCCGUUACCUGAAGCCCUCCCGUUGCCUCAUCACAAACAACGCAGAGCUAGACGCGAACGUACGCCAGUUGGACUUCCAUGUCCGGGUUCGUGGACGGGCUGCAGCCAACUGGAUAAAUGCCGACCUGCCCGAUACCUGGCAGCAAAAGCUACACAACGAGCUAGGAUUAUCAUUUAGUUCACAACGUACUGACCCCGGGUGUUCCGGCACUUACAACGCUUGUCAGUUACCCAAGGAAGGCUGUCGAUGCAUCGAAGGUCGGUUCAACGCCGACGCGGUGGGCCCGUCGGAGGAGGACGUAGCCUGGGGCUAUGUUACAGACUUCUUUGUCGCUGCUAAGGAAAUGAAAGGGAAUUACUCUUUAUUUCAAGCGCUAGGCUACUCCCCAAAGUCCUGUAAAUUUGAGUGCUUCAACUCCAAGAUUAGAACGAUCAGUGGUUACAGGAAAGAGCUUAUAGAGUAUUGGGGAAGAGCUAAUAACAGUUUCAAAGCCACUCCAACUUUCACAAACGUUUGA